UACCGAUAGUCUCCAUAAGAGACCAGACACACUAAGCCUGCAGAUAGACAGUACAGAGGGGGGCCACUGGGUGCAGACAGCUUAGUUUACGCAUUUACAUAAAAAGAAGAAGAUACACCUUUGUGGAUACAGACAAAAGCUGCACUUUUAGGACAUGGGUCUAUAUGCAUCCAGGCUUCAGAGACAAGAACAGGUCCUGAUGCUGGGCCUGGACGGAUCAGGAAAGACCACUCUCCUCUACAAACUCAUGUACAACGAGAGCGUGGUGACAGUGCCAACAGUGGGCUUCAACGUGGAGACACUAGAGACAGACAGGAGCAGCCCGAGCCUGACAGUGUGGGAUGUGGGGGGCCAGAAGAAGAUGAGGCCCCACUGGAGGCAUCACUACACUGACACAGCCGGGCUGGUGUUCGUGGUGGACAGCUGGGAUCAAGAGCGGCUGGACGAGGCACGCAAGGAGCUCCAUCGGGUCCUGAGAUUUGAGAGUCUCAGAGGAAUUCCUCUUGUGGUCUUUGCCAAUAAACAGGACCGUCCAGGGGCUCUAAGCCCAGAAACACUUUGCCUGAAACUGGACCUAAGGAGAGUGUGUGAGGGCAGAGCCUGGUUCAUUCAGCCCUGUUCAGCCACCACAGGCAUGGGACUAGAGGAGGGUUUCAGGAGGAUAGUUUAUCUGAUGAAGACCCCGCUGAAACAGACUCAAGAGGACAUUAAAGUGAAGAUGAGGUCAAAGGGAUUCAGCAUCACAGCUGUGAAACAAGUUUUGCUUUGCAGCAGAUGAUUGAUGAAAAUCUUUUUUUUCUUUUUUUUGAUGUUUCAUUCUUGCCAUGUGUAGGAUUCCUUCUCGCCAGCCUCUGUGAGUCACCAGUGACUGUGGUAUCCGUAAGAUCAAACGAGAGGAGGCGGUAAUAAGAAGGAUGGUAUUAACACAGUCAUUAGUGCUAAUCUCUAUGGAAUGGAUCAUAGAGAAGAGAGAGUGUUAGUGUCAGUGAUACUGAUAACAAACUGAAAUGUUCUUUUACAUUUGUGCUUUUAUGUAUUUAUUUGUAUCAUUUUUUAAUAUCACAACAGACAUGCAGCUUCAUACAUUGACUUGCCAAAGUCAUCUCACAAUAUGUUGGAUUAUUGCAAGGAUUACCUUCAGCAACUCAAGUGUGACUCAAACAUAUAAUAUAUACAUGAUAGUGAAGUAAAGUAUAUGUGCAUGUUGUUGCAUCAAACACAUUAAAACAACAACAAAUCAGUCAACUCAUUUGAACAUGUGUGUUUUAUCCUGUGCCGGUGCUCUUUCAGCAUCGUUUUUUCUAUUUGCUGCACUGAAAUAAAGUUCUCUGAACAAAGUG